ACCGAAGAAAACCAAGUAUUCCGAAUUGCUUGGAUGUGUUUAGACAUGGCGGACAGGAGUUUAACUAUUAAAAACAUUGAACACAUUGUCUGAUUUCAUCUUCAUGCACAGUCAUUUCAUAGGAUGCUCGAACCCUGAUCAAACAACUACAUAGUCUCUAACUGAAAAGUCAGUUGCAGUGACGUGAAAGAAUGGGAACAGGGCAGGAAUCGUUGUUUUCCCUUGAACUUGUUGUUGAGAAACUGUACCUUCCGUAUGUCACAUGCAGAUAUCCUGCUGUAGCAUUUAGAUUGUUGGAUUUCCCAACGAUUCUUAUCAGUCAUGUUGAGAAAGAUUUGGCAGAUGGCAUCAAACAGAAGAUCAGCAUUGAUCCAUAUUACAGAGUGCCGAAUCAGUUUGCCGAGCUGCAAGACAAAAACGGAAACUUUAUAGUGAAGAAAGGGAAAUCUUGCCUAUUUAAGAUUUCUGUUGACACACUUGCAAUGCAUUUGACAAACACACCGUUGUACAUAAUGGUUAUAGAUGAAUACCCGGAGGUUCCGAAACUGCUCGGAAAUAGCUCUCUUGCUUUGAGUGAAUUGGAUUCGAUUAAACAUGAUAUUAAAACAAAUGGACAUACUGUACCAUCAGUCCAUGGAGAUAAGGGGCUUUUCAAAAUCUAUAGUUUAAUGGGCAAGGAGAUAGGAUACAUGAUAAUGGGCUUUCGGCUGUUAAGUCUAGGUCCGGGGCUUAUCAGUCAUUUGCCAAAUAGUGCAUUUGUUAAAAGAGCAUCAGAAGUACCAAAACAAAAAUCAAGACAACAACAUUCAAAACAGCAACAGUCUGUGGUUGAAGAAGUCAUUGAAAUUAAACAACAGCAAGCCACGCAAGCAGCUCCGCCAGUAAGAAAACCAUUUGAUUUAAACAGUACAAGGGAUGUCGCUGCAAUGACAGAAAUGGACAAAUGUGAUGCUUUAAUGCAAACUGACAAUUUUGAACAAGAUAAUAUUGAUGUUGCUGAAAAGGCUGAGAAGAUACUGAAAUCAAUUGAAACCCAAACUGAAAGGAGAAGAAAGGCUCCACAAAAAGCACCCGAUUUCAUGAUAGCCAAAGAUGAAAGUGAGAGUGAUGAUGAAAUAAUUCUGAAUCCUAACAUGGUUCGUCCUCCUCCAUUGUUUUACAACAGCGAAGCACAACCAACUGUUAACAUAGAAAGAGACAUAAAUGCCUAUCUUGGAUACUCAAGCGCAUUUGAUGAUGCAACAUUGGAAGACCUCUCAGAGGAUGAACAUUUAGAUAAACAAAAUCUUAACAGACUUGAUGACAGGAAGGUAAAAGAAAGUCCUUUGUCUCAAAUUCAUAAAGAAGAGGUGCGUGUACAAGAUGCAAAAACAAUUGUCAUCAGUAACAUCAAAGGAGCAAAUAAAACUGAACAGAGCAAUCAGCAAGUACCUGCAUUUAACCUUGGUGCAUUUAGUGCAAGUGAACCUGCGUUUCCCUUACUGACAGCUUUACUAACUGAGCUGUCAAAGAUACAGAAUCCCCAGUUUGUAAACCAGGCUAUGCAACAGGUAUCACAGGCGCAAACAUCUGUGGCAGCACCAGCUAAAGCAGGUAGCAUUCAAAAAAGUAAAUCUGAAGAAAUUGUCAGAGAUGCCACUGAACUAGAAGAAAGUGCUGCUCCAUUAAGUCAGAAAAAACGAAGCCGUAAAUCAAACAGAUCUGUACAACAAACAGAAGGUGUUCCAAAAGGCAAAGGCUGGUUAAGGAAAGCGCCAGAGGCUGGUGUGAAGAAAACUAAAUUAGUUUUUGGUCUUACUAACACUCAAAGGUUAAGGCUUGCUAAACAAAAUCCUAACUGGUUAGAAUCUGCUGAAAAGGAUGAAAAAGCUAUAAAACUUCAAAGACAAAAAGAGAGACAAAAACAGAAAGAGCCAGAGCCAGAAUUGGAAACUGGAAAUCUGUCAGAUACCUACACUGAAGUGCGUAGACUAGCAGCAAAAGAAUUGGAGAAAGAAACGCUUGGAAAGAGCCAGCUAAUGGCGGAAGUUUCCCGCACUAAAAAGUUAAAAAAGAGAAGCUCCAGAGAAAGUUCCCCUGCUAAGACACGGAGCAAGUCUCCAAAACUGAAAAAGAAUAAACAACUGAAGGAGACUGUGCAGGUCAGAGAGGACUCUGAUGUUGACAGCCAUGAGAGGAAUACAGCCCAUGGUGCAAGCAAGACCGAACCUUCUGAUGCUGGCAAGGAACGACUUGACUCUGCUGCAGAUAGUGUACCUAGCUCCAGAAUAGAGGUUCACAUCCCCAGUGCUAGAGUGUAUGAGAGCGAUGAUCAUGACAACACAUUCUCUGACAGCUUUGAAGAGGAGUCCAUUACAGACAAGAGGGACACAGGUUCCUCCAGAUUCCCCGGAUUCAAUAAGGGAGAUGACACCUUACCUGACUCCAUCAAGCCCGAUGGUGCCACUUCCCAGAACACCACGAUAGAUACGGAUUCCCCAUUAGAGUCCACCAGAAUGUCCAAACAGUUUAAGCAGGCCGCCACAACUGGAGAGUCCUUGUUCAAGUCUAUGGAGUACAACACCAACACCAACCAGUUUCAAUCUACUGACGAGCCAGAGCUUCAGCAAUUGAUGAGCGAGGGAGAGAAAUCUGGAACCCUUCCCACUCCUAGCACCGACCGGUCCUUUGCAGCCAAGAGCCCUGUAACUGGAGGUUACACGCCAAGUUUGACACAAGGUACUACCCAGACAAGGCUUUCAAUGAAGUUUGAGGUUCUUAAUCCCCAGGCUUCACAGCAGUCGCCCCUGCCUUCGAUGCGCCGCUCACAACAGUUUAAAGUAGACAGCAUUAAUGCUCGGCCCACGCCAACUGGUACACCAAGAUCUCGAUCUUCCCAAGGCAGCCCUAAGAAUCCCUCUCCAAGGCCAAGGAAAAAUCUUCGAGAGAGGAAGAUCGAGUUUAAGAAAGAGUCUAUUCACACGGAGUCUGUGAGCUCCUAUAUGCCUUCAGAAUCAGAGAAUAUCCUCUCACUGAUAAGUGAUGGAAGUUAUUCAGAUGAUUUUCACAUGAGCAGUGAAAAAGAUGAAAGCAGCAAAGUAUCUCUUCCAGAAUUUCAAAGAUUUAUACCCAAUUCCAAACUCGGAUUCACAAUUAAUUAGGAUUAAGAAUAUCUAAAAUAUAGUAUAUAUCUAAGGAUUGGCAUAUUAUUUCAUGCUUGAGAUUUUUCAAUUUUAUAGGAUCAAUGCAAUUAAUUGGUAGUUUUUUAUCCACAUUUGCUACAUGUAAUAUUUCAUUGGUACAUUCAAUUUUGUUGUUGUUACCAUUUAGGUUGGGUUAAAAUUCUUUCAUAUGAUAGGU